AUGCGACAGUCCGCCACGGAUGAGUUACAAUGCGACAGUCCGCCACGGAUGAGUUACAAUGCGACAGUCCGCCACGGAAGAGAGACAAUGCGACAGUCCGCCACGGAAGAGAGACAAUGCGACAGUCCUCCACGGAAGAGAGACAAUGCGACAGUCCGCCACGGAAGAGAGACAAUGCGACAGUCCGCCACGGAAGAGAGACAAUGCGACAGUCCGCCACGGAAGAGAGGUAAUGCGACAGUCCGCCACGGAAGAGAGACAAUGCGACAGUCCGCCACGGAAGAGAGACAAUGCGACAGUCCGCCACGGAAGAGUGACAAUGCGACAGUCCGCCACGGAAGAGAGACAAUGCGACAGUCCGCCACGGAAGAGAGACAAUGCGACAGUCCGCCACGGAAGAGAGACAAUGCGACAGUCCGCCACGGAAGAGAGACAAUGCGACAGUCCGCCACGGAAGAGAGACAAUGCGACAGUCCGCAACGGGAGUGUGACAAUGCGACAGUCCGUCACGGAAGAGAGACAAUGCGACAGUCCGUCACGGAAGAGAGACAAUGCGACAGUCCGCCACGGAAGAGAGACAAUGCGACAGUCCGCCACGGAAGAGAGACAAUGCGACAGUCCGCAACGGGAGUGUGA